AUGGAGCCGCCAUCCCCGCCAAGCGUCGAGGAAAGGAACUUCUACUACUACGGGCUUCCUUCUUGCCCAAGGCUUGUUGCUCGCUCAAGCACACAUGCCUGGGAGAAUCCGCACCGAUACGACACCACAACUUUUCCACCCUCCGUAAAUAUGUAUAAAUCGCUUCGGCCUGCUGCGGGCGAUCCAUUGCUGCAUCGGUUGUGGAACGACGCAACAUCUUCUCUUAGGAUCCAGAUCCUAGAAGCCGUCAGCGUCUCAGACUGGACAGCGGUUGAUAUCCUACGCCUUGGCUGGACAGGAGAAUUCCAUACAACUCUCUUGGUAUCCGUCAAACCAGAGUCACUGACUUGGAGCGAGGCGCACCCCAUCACAAUACGAUGCAAGGAGAUUCUGGAAGAACAUGGCAUCAGCAAUAUUCACUGCGAAAUACGCGAAAGCCUUGUAACCUCAUGCGGCAAUGCCCCCUCUGCGACUAGAUCUGCUACUACUGCCGACACUCCAAACCAUUUCCAACUUUUUUCAGCGCAUUUCAAGGGUCUCACACAAUAUAUUUGCAAGGACAGUGCAGACCUGUCCGACUGCCUCGGUACCAAGAUAUCAAUGAAGGAUGACGAUGCCAGAUCUGGCACCAAGGGCAUAUACCUCGCUCUCAAGUCAUCUAACACCAAAAAUCACCCUAAAAUCGUGGCCCUGACCUGUAGGCAUGUGGUAGUAAACCAUGAGACUGAGGGCAUUCAAUCAUAUCGCCACCAGGAGUUCCAGCCGUCUAGAGAAGUCAUUCAAAUAGACCAGCCUACUUACAGUAGAAGACUUGAGCGAUAUGAACUCUACGUUAAAAACGAUCGUAAUCACGCUCAAGCGUUCCGAGAUUGUGAUGAUACGGAAUCAGCAGCCACAUACGAAACAAUGGCAGACGACAUGGAGGAUUUCGUCAGAAAAAUGAGACCGUACGUGGCCUCUUCCUCAAGAGUGUUUGGCACGCUUCUUUAUUCGCCAGCAUUUGCGUUUGCACCAGCUCAGCGAGAGGCUCCCGGCAACGGUCCAUGGCAAAGAGACUGGGCGCUCAUUGAGCUAUUGCCCAGCCGCCACCAGGCUCAGCUCGGCACACUCAAGAACAAGGUCUUUGUCGGACGACAUGACAGAAUUGCAUCUCUUCUAUUCAGAAAUACACGCGGAUGGGAGGAGCUGGCAGGACUAAUGGUGCCAAUACCAAGGGACUGCACCAUAACGCUUACAAAUGACGUCGUUCCCAUGAGUGAGCUUUACAAGCCUGCUAACAAUGCCAGGAACGACGAGCCAGCGAUGGUCAUGGUCAAGUAUGGAGCCAGUGAAGAGCUGACGAUUGGCCUCGGAAACACCCUGAAAUCUCUCGUUCGCCGAGAGGAGACCUUGGAUGGACACAUGGAAGGCUACAGCGAGGAAUGGGCGAUAACAUCGCUGAGCAGUACUGGCCAGAAGCAAACGGCGUUUUCGUUCAAAGGGGACUCUGGCUCCUGUGUGUGGGACAUGGAGAGGCGCCCUGCCGGGAUUAUAAUGGCGGGUGUACACCACCCGGCCCCGAAUGGGAACGACGAUGUUACAUAUGCCCAGCCUUUGGAGCGCCUGCUUGGUGAUAUUAAAGAUCAUGGCUUUGACGUUUCGCUUAUUUAA